CCAGAGGCUAAAGAGCUAUUUGAAUUUUUAAACUCUCACCUUAAACUUCCAGACCGUCGGGCCCUUAGCGGAAAGAUUUUGGAGGCCGCUGUUGCUGAAGAGGAUAAUGAAAUGUAUGAUGCAUUUAGUAAAGAUCAAAUAGGUAUUACCUUGACAUUUGAUGAGUGGACUAAUGUAAAAAAUGAACAACUAUUGGGAGUAAUGAUUAUUACUUCUGGGGGAAGACUCUAUGUGUGGAAAGCAACAGAUAUUAGUUUAGAAAAGGAAACAUAUAUUGAAGUUAUGGAUAAAACAAAUGCAAUGAUCAAUGAACUAAAAAGUAUGAAUACGGAAGUUUCUGCUAUUGUCACAGACAGCGCUGGACCAUAUGCGGUGUCAAG